AUGGGCUCCCUCCCACCCCCCCUCAACACAAGCACCACCCCCCUCCGGCUGGCCAUCCUCGUCUGCGACGAGCCGCUCCCGCGCAUCUCCACCAAACUCGGCCAGUUCGACGCCAUCUUCACCACCCUCCUCCGGCACGCCUGCGCCAGCCUGUCCCCGCCGCAAACCCUCGAGUCCCAGCUCGCCAUCACCGCCCACGACGUCGUGCGCGGGGGGCCCGACACGGGCGCGUACCCGGACCCGGACGCCAUCGACGCCGUGCUGAUCACGGGCUCGCGCAGCGCCGCGUACGCCGACGAUGCGUGGGUGGUCAGGCUGGCGGCCUUUGUGCGCGGGUUGUUGGAUGGGGGCCGCGUGCGGGUGAUUGGGGUGUGUUUUGGGCAUCAGAUCGUGGCGAGGGCGCUGGGGGCCAGAGUGGCGCCCUCGCCGGGGGGUUGGGAGUUGUCGGUGACGGAGGUGGCGUUGAGUAAAGAGGGGAGGCGCGUGUUUGGGGGGGAGAGUUUAAAAAUGUACCAGACGCAUCGCGAUGCCGUCCUCGAACUGCCCCGGGGUGUUGCGCUGCUGGGCCGCACCGAGCAAUGCCCGAUCCAGUCCAUGUACGUCCGUGGUCGGCUCAUCACGGUGCAGGGCCACCCGGAGUACUCUCGGUUUAUUAUGAGCGAGAUGCUGCGAGCACGACACGUAGCAGGGGCUAUUGCCGACGGGCCCUACGAGGAUGCCAUGAAGAGGGUUGGGGAUCCGCAUGACGGGCUGGCAAUGGCCCGAGUCUUUUUGCGCUUCUUGAGGGAAUGA